GGCUAUUAGCUUUUAAUCCAAUAAUUGCCUAUUCAGCACUACCUAAUAAUGAGUAGUGAUAGCACAACUAAAAGUCUUCGGGUGAAGAAUAAGGGCAACCCAUCUAAAAAUGGAUUGACUCUACACAAGACCCUCUCCGUUGACUCCAUAUCGUCAUUAUUUAAGCGGAAAAGAAAGAGAAGUCAUUCUGAUAGCUCUUCGUCUCCUGACAGAAGCGAUGACGAACAGGAAGAUAUCAAGCAAGAAUAUGACCAAGAACAUAUUCAACCACAUCAUAAAAAGAGAAGAGUCAAGACCGAGGAAGAAGAACAAUUUGAAAAACGUGAAAAGGAAUUAGACGAAGCAUUACCGGUUGAGUAUAGAAAAUUCCGUCCCAGAGGGUUCAUAUUUAAUAUUCCUGAUACCAGCAGACCUAUCAGAAUCUAUGCUGAUGGAGUAUUUGAUUUAUUUCAUCUAGGUCAUAUGAAGCAGUUGGAACAAGCCAAGAAAUCAUUCCCAAAUGUUGAAUUAGUCUGUGGAGUUCCUUCAGACAUUGAAACUCAUACUCGUAAAGGGCUUACUGUAUUGACUGACGUGCAACGUUGUGAAACUUUAAAGCAUUGUCGUUGGGUUGAUGAAGUUAUACCAGAUGCACCAUGGUGCGUUACCCCCGAGUUUUUGAAAGAACACAAGAUUGAUUAUGUUGCACAUGAUGACUUGCCAUAUGCUUCCGGUGAUGCUGAUGACAUUUAUAAACCAAUCAAAGAAAAAGGAAUGUUUUUGACUACACAAAGAACAGAAGGUAUUUCCACGUCAGAUAUUAUUACCAAGAUUAUUCGUGAUUAUGACAAGUAUUUAAUGAGAAAUUUUGCCAGAGGUGCCACAAGAAAGGAAUUAAAUGUCAGUUGGCUCAAAAAGAACGAAUUAGAGUUCAAGAAACAUAUACAAGACUUCAGAUCGUAUUGGAUGAAGAACACAACCAACUUGAACAAUGUUUCAAGAGAUUUAUAUUUUGAAAUUAGAGAAUUCAUGAGAGGGAAAAGAUUUGAUGUACAGCAAUAUUUGGAAAAUUCAACAGCCAGUAAUACUAGCAAUAACACCAGUGAUUCUGAGGAUGGGUUGUCCAAAGUUAAUUCACCAUUGACAGAGUUUGCGUCCAAAUAUAUUGGAAAUGCUAAUAAGGAAUUGAAUAAUGCGGGUAAGACUAUUCUUGCCAAUGUCCGAGAAUGGAUUGCUCGUGAUGAUGAUGUUGAUGACGAUAGUGAUGAUGAGAUCAAACCAAUUGAGGUAAAGACUGUUGAAACUGGUGCACCAAUUACUCCUAAAACUCAUGCAAAGAAUUCACAGCAUCACAGUCAUAAGAAAUUACGCAGAAAAUAAGGGCUUUUGCUUGAAUAUAGAUACCACACCUUUCUUUAGUUCGCCCAUUACUUGUUUAUUACUUACAUACUUUUUCAUUAUAAAUAUGUAAUUAGUUUCGUAUUCCCC